AUGUUCUUUUUACUAUUUAUAUUAACUAUAUCUACAAAUUCAAUAAAUAAUCAACAUAAACAUCGAGAUCACAAAUACAAAGAAAAGUACAGAGAAAAUGAGGUAUUUGAGCUAACUUCUGAUGAUUGUUUGAACGAGGCACAAGUUAUGGAUAUACUUAUAAAAAGGAAAGAUUAUUCAAAGCAUAAAUUACCGGGUAAGUAAAAAUAGAAAUUAUAUCACAAAUUAAAUGUCAUAGAUCAAUCUUAGAAACUUUAGAAAAUUAAAAAUAAAUUAUAACUAUAGUAUUGUUUUGUUAGUCCAACUAGAAAAAAAUGAGUGAACUUUCGCGGCAUGUUUCAGCUGUCAAAAAUCAGAAAAAUUGCAAGUUCUAGCCUUUGUGUAAAAAAAGUUGUCUAACUUUUCUCCUAAUAUAAUUUUGAAAUGAAAUAUCCAAUUAGCAGCAGCACAUGUUCGUAACUAACAUUUUGCACCAACAAAACAAAAAAACAUUUGCAGAAAAAAACGGUGUCACAGUCUACGUUGAAUUUUGGAUUCAAGAGAUCAAUUCGAUUUCGGAGAUGACGAAUGAUUUUGAAUUAGAAAUGUAUAUUAAUGAAAUGUGGUCUGAUCCGAAUCUCCAAUUUCGUGGACUUGGAGCUUGUAAAGCAAAUAUGACAUUGGAUCAACAAACUUUGAAAAAGAUAUGGACUCCAAAUACAUGUUUUGUGAAUUCGAAAUUUGCAGAGAUUUAUGAUUCACCUUUUGAAAAUGUGUUUCUGACGUUAUUUGAAAAUGGAACAGUUUGGGUGAAUUAUGUAAGUUUUAGAAAUAGCUAGAUUGUUAUCAAAAUAGUUUUCAGCGUGUUCAUGUAAAAGGUCCGUGUAGUAUGGAUUUGGAAGAUUUUCCAAUGGACACACAAUCUUGUCGCUUGAAUUAUCAAAGUUUUUCAUAUAACAAUGAAGAAGUUCGAUUGAAUUGGAAUAAUCAACGAAUUCCAGUUUUUGCUAUCAAGGAAGUGAGUUAUCAAAUCAUUUUAAAAAAUGAAGAAAAACCUUAUUUUUCUAGAUUCGAAUUGCUGAUUUUUGGCUUCGUGACAUACGUCCAACAAUGAUAAAACGUGAAUUCCCCGCUGGAUUUUGGGAUGAACUUAUUGUGACUUUUGUGUUUGAAAGGCGCUACAUGUGGUAUUUUCUUCAAGCCUAUCUUCCCACAUUUUUCUCCAUUUUCAUAAGGUGAGUGAGAGCUUGAAAUAAUUGCGCGAUUAAAGAAAAAAAAAGAAUUUUCCAGUUGGUUGGCAUUUUCUUUGGGACCACAAGCAAUUACACCGCGAACAAUGAUUGGUGUAAAUGCACUUUUAUCGAUGAUAUUUCAUUUUGGUUCAAUUAUGAAAAACUUACCGCGAGUUUCGUAUGUGAAGGCAAUAGGUGAGAUUGGGAAAUUUGGAAAGGCGGAGACAGAUUUUUUUAUUCUUCAGGGAUUUCUGGACUAGACACAAGAACUUGAAACGCCCUGAAAAUACCAAAUUCUAGAACUUUUUGUUUACUGCAAAAAUAAAAUAUGAACUGAUUUUUGAAAAGUAUCACAUCAUGUUUUUCUAGACUCAAAUGUUUUUUUUUUCAAACCAAGAAUUGAAAAAAAAGUUAACAAAAGAAGUGUUACUAGAAAACGAAAUAAUUCAAAUGAUCAUAAUUUUGUUAUUUACCAAGGAACAAAUACAAAAUUGUAUUUUUUGACAGAUGUUUGGAUGUUGAGUUCGAUGACAUUUGUGUUUUUAUCUUUGAUUGAAUUAGCGAUUGUGGGUUAUAAAAUUCAUAUUCAAAAAGACGAUAGUAUGAUUGAAACAAUUGAUCGAAUUGCAAGAUUUCUAUUUCCGGCAGCUUUUAGUAUUUUUAACGUGAGAUCUUUCAAAUGUUUUUUUUUGACGUCAAAAAGUAUACAAAUUUCAGAUAAUCUAUUGGGCGAGAUACGGAUUCAAAGUUGGCUGA